AUGGAGGUCAGUUCCAGCGACCUCUUUCCUCCUCACCUCCCCCCGGCGGCGCCACAGCUCCACGGUGCUGAUCCUCCUGCAUUUCGAUUUUUUUUGCAGGACGCCAUUCACCGGCGGCACAUUCCCUCGUUCGGCAACUGGGAGUACUGCGAUGACUCCCCCAUCACUCAGUAUUUCGAGUCGGCCUCUCAGGGGGGGAUGUUCCGCGGAGGAUGCGGCUAUGCCGGAGGAUACUUCGACCGAGCUCAUCUGUACCCUCCCCCGCUCCCGCACUACUACUACUACGGCCAGGACGCCGGCGAAGACCUCUACAGCUUGCCACCUCCUCCACUCCAGCCACCGGCGGCCAUUAGCGCCUACCCUCGCAAGGUACCCAAGUCGUCUGUUCCUGUUUUCUCUCCGGCGUUUUUCGAUUCGGCAGCUAUGGAUGACCGCUCCUUCGUCUUUCUCAGGCGAGAAGAGGGACCACUUUGGAGAAGCAGCUGAGGCAGCUGAAGCAGGCGGUGAGGGAGGACGGUUCACCACCGCCUCAGCCGCGGAGGACGAGGCAGGCAAAGGUCUUCGACUGCGAACUGGCCGCCGCCCAGGAAUCCAUUCGGCAGCACAGGGCGGCCAAGGCCGUCGACGAGGACCUCUACAAGAUCCCGCCCGAACUUCUGUACCGGAAGCAAAGGGUAAGUAAGCGAGGACCUAACGACAGGACCGAAGAACUUCUUCCUCUUGUCUUUUUCUGUUACGUUCUUUUCUUCUCUGGUCGUUGUAGCUGCCCACUCUUCGUCUCUCUUCCUCUCUAUCACUUUAACGAGCGCUGCGUCGUGUCUUCUUUCUCCACAAUGCGCUGUUGCAGGAACAUCUCCUGUGCCGUGACAGUCGCGGCAGUGACGGCCAUCUCCUUGCAUGGGCCAUAUCAUUAAUAUCGUAGCUUCAAUUGGGCUCUGUUUGAUCCAGGCUUCUCAAUUCUCUUCCUGAUCUAAGCUCUCCCUGUCUGUCUGUCUCUAUCUCUAACCAGAAGAAGCCGGUGGUAUGUGACUUCCUGUCGAGGUGCCUGGGGCUCAACUGCAUCGUCUGA